UGCAGAAGGAGCAGCAAGAGCUCCAAGCGCAACUGGCCGCAGCCCAGGCAGCCAUGGAAGAAGCUGCUUCUAAAUACUCCCAAGUGGUGCUGGCCAGCCAGAUCUUGGAACCACCGAUCGGCUCUUUGGACUCCGCGAUCCCUCAAGAGCCCCAGGAGAUCAUGGCAAAGGUGGGCGACCUUCUGGCCCAAGCAACCACGACCAUGGAUCCCGACCAGAAACAAGAAAUUCUGCGCAACAUGGCUGCUUUGCUGCAACUGGGCACGGACCACAAAAGACGAAGACGACAAGGGCCUGUGGACGGACAACCGGCGCCGUCUGACCCAGACCGCUACAUGGAAGGUUCGGACAGUCUUUGGCUGCAAGGGCCCCCUCAACAUUGGCUCCAGUUCAAAGUGGAUUGGCUGACGGCUGGCUGGCAGCCGGUCAUUGCCAAUGCACGGUGCAACGAAACGGGAGGAACAACCCGCGGAGUUGCGUUGGCCUUCAGGAAACACCUGUCUCGCCUGGACGCGCCGGGAAAUCAUGACCACCGUUGGACUGCGAGCAUUUUCCAAGCCAAAAACACAGAGAUGCUUUUGGUCAUCCUCUACUUGCAGGUUGGCGAAGGGCCCACCGGAUACACCAACCGACAAGUGCUCACAGAAGUUGGUGCUUUAAUCCUAACAUUGAACAUCCCCUACAUUGUGAUGGGGGACUUCAACUGCGAACCAGAGGAGUUGCUAGAAACAACUUGGCUUAGGCGCAUCAAGGGCAACAUUUUGGCCACUCCAGAUGCCACCAUUAGUUCUGGGAGUGUCCUGGACUAUGCAAUCCUCUCCCAUAGCCUGUGGGGACGGAUGGAAUUAGAAGUUCAGCACGAUGUCCCGUGGGGCCCCCACUAUGGGCUGCUUGGCACUUUACACCUGGACGGGCCUCUGCUCCAACCUUGCGAGAUGCUGGAGGACAG